AUGGCGCCGCGCAAGAAGAACGCUGCGAUCAAGGCCAGCGGCGUGACCUCGUCGAAAGCGGCGCCGCUACCGGACUGGGUGAAAGGCGGUGGCCCAAAGCCAGUGUCCGCUACCACCACGCGAGCGGAUGGGACGCAGGAGCUCUUUCCCCCCGGCAGCAAGACCCCCCUCAACCUGCUGUACGAGCGCGUGCAAAAAAUGCCAGGCUUUGCCAGACCCGACGUACACGCACGCAGAACCAAGGAUGGCUAUACCUGUGUGAUUACCAUCAUAAAAGAGAACAAGCAGGACAAGUCGAAUCCAUUCACUUUGCGCAUGGAACCCCUCGAGCCCGGCGCCCGACUCCACUGCGAGACGGCGCUGGAAGCCAAGCACUGGGGCGCUACCUACGUACUUUUCCGCCUCUUUAGCCAAUUGAACUUGUACAGAAACUUGCCACCGGGCCCCCGCGAAUACUGGCUGGCGCUGGAGCAAGUCAAAAAAGAAGCGCGCGCAGACGAGGCGUGGAAAUGGGCUGCGGAUCCCUUUGAGGCGAUCCAGAAACGCGAUGCGGAGCGCGAAGCGAUGCAAAAACAACGUGCAGCACGCGAUGCGGCGAAAGGCGAUCCAAAACGUGGCCUGAGCAAGGCCUGGCAGAAUGCAAAGGAAGUGCGCAUGGCGCCAGCGCUCCGCGAGCUCGUGGAGAGUACAAUACGCGCGCAGAUGACCGACGAUUGCGCAGAUGUGGUGCCGCUGGCAGACGGCGCUGCACACAGCCAAAUCGAUACACAGAAGCUCGUCGCGGAACUGACCAAGCUGGGCGUGCGUGGUGGGUACAUGCGCCGUGUCCUUUCCUGGCUCCAAGAUGCGCGCAUGACGUAUGCCGAUCCUGCAAAGCGCAGCGCGCUGCAGCAUAACCAUCCCGUACUUGCCUCGAUCCUUGCACUGCCCGACCGCGACGCGGCGAUCGAGUACAUUGUGCUGUAUACGCCCGAGCAAGAUCUGCCGCCGCAGCUUAAGCCGACUGCGUCUGCGGAAUCGUUUGUGACGAGUGCUGUAGCCGGUAGCGAUAGCUUGGUCGAUCGCUGGACCCUGGACCGGCUGGAGAAGCAAGCAGGAUUUCCACGCAAAGCAGCGGCCGAGAUACUGGGCAAGGUGCGCGCAUAUACAUUGCCGCAGGCCACCUCGGUUGGGCUUGUGCUGGACAUGCUGCUGCAUCAGCUUAUUGGCGAGUCUAUGGACCUGGACCAUGCCGUACAAGCAACAUCGCCGGAAGCAGAGCAGCGCCAAGCCGAAGAGCGCACGAUGCUCGAGGACUUUUUCGGCCCGCUCGUGCCCGUCGACCCCCAUGCCCGGCUGACUGACACGAGCGUCCUUCUCCACGUCGGAGAGCACCAAGGCAAGCCGGUGAUGCUCGUGCUUGUGCCGCAUCCCUUAUCCUUGUACCUUGCCGAACCAGGCGCCUUGCCGAGCAUCUACGUCGUCGGCGAGAGCCUUCCUGCGUUUUUGCGGCUUGCACUCACGCAACAUGCGAUGCAAGCGCUGCGUGGAAUGCAUGGCCGCGAGGAUAUGCGCGAGAUACUCGAGGCAUGCGAGGGCGGUGCUCUCAUUAUGGUCCAGCAACAGCUUGCGGAAGUCUUGGAGGCCAUGGUCCAUGAUCCGCCGUCGCUCGACUCGGUCAUGGAGCACUUGAUUGCGGCUCCAUCAAGCACAUUGCCGCACGCACCGCUUGCGACGGAGCCGCACGCUGCUGCGCCGCGCCGCGCCGUGCACAAAAUCCCUGCUCUGCAGCACAACGACGCGCUGGACAAGCGGCUUGUUGCUUCGCUGCACGCGCUGCACGCCUCGCUAAAGUACAGCGAGAGCAUUGCACCGGUGCGUACGUCGCUUCCUGCGCACACUGCGCGUGCUACUCUGCUGCAAGCCGUUGCCUCCCACCCUGUUGUACUUAUUACCGGCGAGACGGGCUGCGGCAAAACGACCCAAGUGCCGCAGUUUUUGCUAGACGACGCCAUUGCCAGCGGUACCGGUAGUCUCUGCAACAUUCUCGUCACGCAGCCGCGCAGGGUAUCUGCCAUGGGCGUCGCCGCGCGUGUCGCCGUGGAGCGCUGCGAAUCGCUGGAGCAGCGGGCGGAAGAAGGUGCGCUGGUGGGCUAUGCGAUUCGCGGCGAGCGGCGCGCGGCCAAGUCCUGCCGGCUCUUGUUUACAACCACGGGCGUGCUUUUGCGCCGCCUGGCGAGCGGAGCCGACCCCGAGCUCCAGUCCAUUUCGCACGUCAUUGUGGAUGAGGUGCACGAGCGCAGCACCGAGUCUGAUUUUUUGCUCCUGCUCCUGCGCGAUGUCUUGACACGGAACAAGAAGCUGCGCGUGAUUUUGAUGAGUGCGACCGUGACGCCAGAAACAUUUAUCAACUACUUUGGUCGCGACACGCCGUACAAGCAUAUUCCCGGCCGUACCUUUCCUGUGCAGGACCACUACAUGGAGGAGAUUGUGGCCAUGAGUGCCUUCGAGAGCGAGCGGCCUUAUACCCACGAGCACUGCCCAGCCGAUCCGAUGCUCGCACUCGACGCUGUGCCGCCGCCGCAGCUGCGCACAUUGCGUGCCUUGGCGACGCAGCCGACCGACUACACCUUUCUUGCACGCACCGUUGCGCUCGCGGCGCAGCGUGCAGAAAAAAUAGACCAUACCGGCCUCCUCACCGGUAAAGCUUCCAUCCUUGUUUUUUGUCCUGGUGUUGGUGAAAUUCGACGUGCUAUCGAUGCCAUUGUCGCGCAGCGCCUGCCUGGCGCCGUCCUCUUGCCUCUGCACGCAAACCUGGCGCCGUCCGAGCAGCGCAAGGUAUUCCAGUCGGUGCGCAAAGACGAGCGUAAGAUUGUGGUGUCGACCAAUGUUGCCGAGACGUCCAUCACAAUUCCCGACGUGUGUUUUGUCGUCGAUACCGGCCGUGUCCGCGAGGCACACCACGAUGCCAAGUCCAGCCUGACACGCCUCGAAGAGACGUGGGCUUCGCGUGCUGCAUGCAAGCAACGUGCGGGCCGCGCUGGGCGCACCAUGCCCGGCGAGAGUUUCCGACUCUACUCGCGCGGGAUGGAAGAAAGUUUGCAGCGUGCACAGUCCAUCCCCGAGAUACAGCGUACGCCGCUGGAAGGUCUGGUGCUGCAAGUAAAAUCGAUCCAGCCGGGAGCGGAUCUGCGCGCAUUUCUCCAGCGCGCCAUCGAUCCGCCGAGCACGGACGCGUUGGAGGCGACGCACUACAAGCUCCAGGUGGCGGGUGCUUUGCAGCCGGGUGGGUUUAAUGCACCGCUCACGCCGCUCGGCCAGCACCUUGCGCAGCUUCCGCUGGACGUGCGGCUCGGCAAGCUGCUCGUGUUGGGCUGCUUGUUUGGGUGCGUAGAGCCGCUCUUGCACGUAGUCGCUAUUCUUGCAUCGCGCCCUAUGGUCGCUGCGCAGCGCGACGAGGAGGCAGCGAAAGCGCGUGCUGCGUACCUGUAUGGGAACAGUGAUCUCCUUGCCCACGCCAACAUCUUUGCCGCAUUCCUCACACAACGGCGUGAGAAGCGUGAUGUGCGCAAAUGGUGCGCCACACUGGGCCUUUCGUACACUGCCUUGCAGGAUGUCGCCAUGACACGCACGCAGCUCUUGCGCAAUUUGGAGGAUCUGCGUCUGGUGCCUGCAUCCUACGCACAUGGAUGGCGCACCGAAGGGCCGCGCUGGCCCAUGCGGCCUGGUGUACACGCGCUCGAUGCGCACGCUGCCAACACCAACUUGCUGCGCUCGAUGCUGCUCGCGGCGAUGUGGGCGUCUGUUGCGCGAGUCGACUUGCCAAGCGCCAAGUUUAAUGCCUCGGCGGCAGGCGCCGUGGAGAAGGAGGCGGACGCGCGAGCGCUGCACUACUUUGACGAGCACGAUGGGCGUGUAUUCCUGCAUCCGAGCUCGAUGCUUUUCCAUGCGACCAAGUUCAAGUCGAACUAUCUUGCCGUGUGCCACAAAAGUGCCAAUGCACAGCGGACGUAUUUGCGCGAUGCCACCGAGGCGCCAUUGUAUGCACUGCUGCUCUUUGGCGGUCCGUUGUACGUGCAUCACGAUAUGGGUGGGAUUGCCAUCGCUACCGGUGCCGAGGCGGAUGCAGACGGCUGGGUAAAGCUCCGUGCGAGUGCACGUGUCGGUGUGCUUUGCCGCCAGCUGCGUACGUUGAUGAAUAGGACGCUCCAGGCGGGCAUUGAGGAGCCGCAGGCGAUGCGAACUGCGUCCAACCAGCAGGUAGUCGACGCGAUGAUUGCGCUUGUGACGCAGGACGGAUUGGAGUAG